UUUCAGAAAAUUCCUUGGUAGCAAUGGACUUCUCAGGACAUAGAAGCAGAGUUAUUGAAAAUCCAACAGAAGCCCUUUCAGUUGCAGUUGAAGAAGGGUUAGCAUGGCGGAGAAAAGGGUGUUUACGACUCAACACACAUGGAAGUCCUACCACUUCUCAAAGUGCCACAUCCAUUGUAGCAAUACAUAGAACACAACUGUGGUUUCACCAUAAAAUCUCUAGAGAUGAAGCUCAACGACUUAUUUUACAGCAAGGACUUGUAGAUGGGGUUUUCUUGGUACGGGAUAGCCAAAGUAAUCCCAAAACGUUUGUUUUGUCAAUGAGCCAUGGACUAAAAAUAAAGCACUUUCAAAUUGUACCACUGGAAGAUGAUGGAAAGCUAUUCUAUACACUGGAUGAUGGUCACACCAGAUUUACUGAUCUCAUCCAGCUUGUGGAGUUCUACCAGCUCAAUAAAGGAGUAUUACCUUGCAAGUUAAAACACUAUUGUGCCCGAAUUGCUCUUUAACCAAAACCAAGUUGGAUCACCAAAUAGAAAAAAGUUGAUGCUAGAACACUUUUCCAAGGCAAUUUCCUAGGAGGAAAAGUCAAAAUAUUGAAAUGGUUGUGAUUUUCAGAUGCAAAGAAAAGUUUAUAUGCUCUGUACAGGAAGUACUUUGCAUUGUAAUUGUCACUGCAAAAUAACUUUACAGUCAAAUGAACUUAAGAAAAAAAUAUUUCAUGUGAAAUUAUGUAAUGUUGCAGCACUGGAAUCUUUUUCAAAUGCAAAUAGAUAUUUUUAAUAUUAUGCAACUUUAUUUACCAAAAUAAAAUUGGAGGGUGCCUCAUUGUUAGUAAUAGAUGACUAAUAAAUGAGUUAAUUGCAUUCAGAAAUGCUCUAUGCUGUGGAAUAGAAAUUGUGUGUGUGGAGUAUAACAUCAGCUUUGGGUGGAAGAACUCUAGAAGCUGGAUCGUACUUAAUUUGUAAAUCAAAAUUAUUUUGCACUAUAUUUUUAAAUGCUAUUUUGUCGCUUAUUGCAUUCAAAAGUGAAAAUAUU